AUGGUAGCGGUAAGUAACUACUACCUAGUUCACCAAUAUUUGCUAAUAUCAGACGUAGCGCUGUGGGUUCGAGCCCCACCAGCGAUGUCUUUUGUUUUUGCAUCUCUUUUUGGGUCUAUGAAGACCAUUGGUUUAGGGACGCAGCGCGAAAACGGGGAACUGCAGGAGGAAGAAUGCUAA